AUGGCGUUUAAAUUCAAGGUAUAUCAAACUGAGUUGGAGAAAGUGCAAGAGUUUAAUGGCUUUGAGGACUUAAUAAGUACGUUUCCUAUUUACCGCGGAAGAGCGAAAUCGCGAGAAGAAGAGGCAGAUACGAUCGUUGGGGAAUUUAAGGGAACAUUCAGAGUGUACCCGAUGCCAAAAGAUGAAAGGAAUAGUCCCUUACCAGAUACUGUUUUUACUAAUCUCCCACCAAGCAAACCGGUAGAGUGCAUUGUCCGUCUGUAUGUCAUCAAGGCUUUGGAACUUCAGCCGAGAGAUGACUCCGGAACAUCCGACCCAUAUUUGGUAGUCACCCUAGGGGACCGAAAAUUUGAUGACAAAGAUGUUUAUAAACCUUACACAGUGAAUCCUGUCUUUGGAAG